AUGGCCUUUCCCAGUAAUAAGAUGUCUGGUAAAACUCCAGCAAGUAUGACAAAAUCAAUUAAAGACGUAUUCACAUCGGACUCUGGGAGUCUAACAAAAAGGUCCAAAAUUGGACAGGAUAGUAUAGAACUAUCAGACCUUCAGGUUCCUCAUGACCUAUAUGACCAGGGGGAGAGAGAUGAAGGCGAAGGUGAUUUCCAUGAAACGGAGGUGAAAAGAGCAUUGAAGCCAAGACAUGUCUCGAUGAUUGCUCUUGGUGGUACGAUUGGUACAGGUUUGUUCGUUGGUAUUGCUACACCUCUUUCUCUUUCAGGACCUGUUGGUUCUUUGAUUGCCUAUAUUUUCAUGGGUACUGUGGUGUAUUUCGUUACACAAUCACUAGGAGAAAUGGCUACGUUUAUUCCAGUUACCUCUUCGAUAACAGUAUUCUCUAAAAGAUUUCUUUCCCCAGCAUUUGGUGUUGCAAACGGUUACAUGUACUGGUUCAACUGGGCAAUUACUUAUGCCGUAGAAAUAUCUGUUUUAGGACAAAUUAUCAACUACUGGACCGAUGCGGUACCGUUGGCAGCAUGGAUUGGUAUAUUCUGGGUUUUAAUUACACUAGCAAAUUUCUUCCCUGUGAAAUGGUAUGGUGAGUUUGAAUUCUGGGUGGCAUCUGUCAAAGUCAUUGCAAUUAUUGGAUACCUUCUAUAUGCAUUGAUUAUAGUCUGUGGUGGUUCCUCCCAAGGGCCGAUUGGUUUCCGUUACUGGAGAAAUCCUGGUCCAUGGGGUACUGGUGAAAUUGCAAAGGAUAUCAACGAGGCCAGAUUUUUGGGUUGGGUUGGUUCCUUGAUCAAUGCCUCUUUCACUUACCAAGGUACAGAGUUAGUCGGUAUUACCGCAGGUGAAGCUUCGAAUCCAAGAAAAACUGUUCCAAAGGCCAUUAACAAAGUCUUUUUCAGAAUUUUGAUUUUCUACAUUGGAUCCUUAUUCUUUGUUGGUUUGUUAGUGCCAUACAACAGCCCGCAAUUACAAAGUGAUACCGCUGUUAUUGCAUCUUCGCCAUUUGUUAUUUCUAUCAAAACUGCGGGGACCAAGGUACUACCUGACAUUUUUAACGCUAUUGUUUUGGUUACUAUUAUUUCAGCAGCAAACUCUAAUGUGUACGUGGGAUCAAGAGUUCUGUAUUCUCUUGCCUUGACUGGAAACGCACCAAAGCAAUUCUCGUAUGUCACUAAGCAAGGUGUCCCUUACCUAGGUGUGAUUUGCACAGCGUUGUUGGGUCUAUUGGCUUUCCUUGCUACGGACGAUAAUGCAAAUACUGCCUUCAACUGGUUAAUCAAUAUUUCAACUUUGGCUGGUCUAUGUGCGUGGUUCUUUAUUUCCCUUGCUCAUAUCAGAUUCAUGCAAUGUUUGAAGAGCCGUGGUAUAUCUCGUGAUAGCUUACCAUUCAAGGCUAAAUUGAUGCCAUAUGGUGCGUACUAUGCCACCUUUUUCGUUGCUUUAAUCGUGUUUAUCCAAGGUUACACCGCUUUCGCGCCAAGGUUCAGUACAAAAUCUUUCUUCACCUCUUACAUUUCUUUGAUUUUGCUUGUAGUACUAUUCAUAGGCUGUCAGCUCUAUUACAGAUGCAGAUUUUUCACUAAGCUUGAAGACAUUGACAUAGAUUCCGAUAGAAGAGAAAUCGAUGCAAUCAUCUGGGAAGAUGAUGAGCCUAAGAAUCUGUGGGAAAAAUUCUGGGCUGUGCUAUCAUAG